AUGGGGGACCGAAAAGCUCUCGUGGUGGCCAUCUCUGGCUGCUCCUCCAGCGGCAAGACGACGCUUUCACGACUUUUACGAGACAUAUUCCCAAACACCUUUAUCCUGCAUGAGGAUGAUUUUUACAAAACGGAUAAAGACAUUCCCAUCAAUAAUGGCGUUGCAGAUUGGGAUUGCGCCGAGGCCAUUGACAUCCCUGCCAUGACAGAGGCCGUAGCCUACAUUCGUCAGCACGCCGAGAUCCCCCCCACACUCAACUCCAUCGAAGACCAAAACUCCGUCGGCAAGUGCCCUGUUCCCGAUGCGCUCAUCAACGAGCUCAAGGCCCAAGUCUCCGCCGCUAUACCCGAGAGCCACCCCUUGCGCGACGCUCGCCUCCGCCUGUGUCUCUUUGACGGCUUUCUCCUCUACUCCAAAUCCAUGACCGAGCUUGCGCCGUCUCUCGACAUUAAGAUUCUGCUGCGCGCCUCGUACGCGCAAGCCAAGGCCCGCCGCGAAGCCCGCGACGGAUACGUGACGCUCGAGGGCUUCUGGAAGGAUCCUCCGGGUUACGUGGAUGAUGUCGUGUGGCCAAACUACGUCAAGGAGCACGCGUGGCUGUUUGAGAAUGGAGACGUCGAGGGCGAGUACAGGCAAGAGGUGCUACAGAAAGAGGGCAUAGUGGUGCCAAAGGGCGGUGCUCUGGAUCCUGACAUGGCAGAGACGCUGCAGUGGAUGGUAGACAGCAUCUUGACCGAGCUACAGAGGCACAACUGA